AUGUCCAGGUUUGUUGUGCACUGGAGUGUGCCACAGAGCAUAGCUGCUUUCUACCAGGAAUCAGGGAGGGCUGGACGUGAUGGCAAGCCAUCUCGAUGUCGACUUUACUACUCUCGAUCAGAGAGAGAUGCUGUUGCCUUCCUCUUAAAACAAGACUAUGGGAAAGCAAAAACCACAGGAAAACAGCUUCAGGCUGAAGCCUCCUUCAAGAGCUUUCAACAUGUCAUAAAGUAUGCUGAAGGUAUCAGUUGCCGACAUGCUGCAUUUGCAAAAUUCUUUGGUGAUGAACUUCCAUCUUGCUCAAAUCAAUGUGAUGCCUGUUCAUUGCCAAAAGAUGUUGAGAAGCGACUACAGGAAUUUGAGGAAUCAUUGUUGAGAAAGAGGAAUUUUUUCUCAAAUCCCCUGGCAAUCACUGAGGAGGAUGCAGAUCUAUAUGGUGGAGGACGCAAUGGUCAGAAGAGAGAUGAAGAACAUAAUUGGACAGGGGAGAGGAAUUCACAUAAGUCAGCAGAGCAAAAGCAGCUGGAAAAGGUGAUAAAGAAUCAAUUCAAGUUGAGACAACAUCAGAAGACAGAGGAGGGUGGACUGAAAGACAAAACAAGCAUCAAGGAUGACCAAACAUAUCGAGUGGGUGCAGCUUCAAGCUCCUCAGUGAAAAUACCUGGACUUACAGCCAGCAGUCGGGAAGAUUACCUGAAUCUACUGGAAGAAACAUUGAGACGAAAUGCAAAAAGUUCAUGUGACUCUGGCUCUCCACCCCUGGCAGAUGUAUAUAUCACAGAGAAUGCCAUCAAGGCUGAAUAUGGCAUUUUCACUCAAAAUAAAGUGAUAACGAUGUACAGAAGAGCAAUGGUUUUCUUGAUGAAUGAGAUCAAGAAAGCAACACAAGCAGGAAACAGGCAUCUGUGUUUGACAGGAUGUGAGGAGACAUCCUCAAUGACUGAAGAAGUGGCUGCAAAACCCCUUGUAGAAUCAUCUUCAUCUCUCUCUGAUUCUUCUGGAAAUGAACACGUUUCAUGUUUUCAGAAAAGAACUUCUCUGUUCCUGGCUGAUCGUGAUGAGUUGCUUUGGAAAUUCCAACCACCACAAGAGCAUAUUGAUGGGACCCGAAGCAUGUCCCCCAUUGAGUGUGAAAGAUGUUCCACUUCUCCUAUUCACAGUCCAGUGACAAAGGAAGAGCUUCAUUCACCUUUUAGUCAGCAAGAAAUGUCAUGUGCCUUGACAAAUGUUAGCAGUGAGACAUUCAUCCCUUCACACUUGAUAUCAGCCAAUCACCUGAGAACAGGGGAUUGUGGAUUUGUGAAGGAAAACUCCAAUUCCUUGAAGCGCAAACGAGUUUCUGAUACUUAUAUCAGGAAAAAGGCUUGUGCGACAGUCACUUCACUUGGUCUCUCCAGUACUCCAGAAUCUGCUUCUGGAGAGACUCCUAAAAGAGACCUUUCAGAGCCAGGUCUGAAGAAGACUCAGGUUGCAGAUUGGAUGGUGUCACAUUUAAUGCCAUAUUUCAAGGCUGGUAGGAUUUCUGACAAGCAACUUUUCAAGGGAUUGGCAAGGUCACUUUCUCAUAAAUUCCUCAGCUCUGCUUUCUCCAAAGAUACAACUGGUGCUGAGGAGAUGGUGAAGACAUUCUUUGAAGUCUGCCCUGCUGUGAAGUGUGAGGAUGACUAUACCCUCCUCAGCUGAGGAAUGAGUGGAUCUGAUUGUGCCUGAAGUUAUGGAUGAACGAACAAAAGUAAA